GCUAUUUGUUCAGUGCACUACCCGCGCCUUCCGUUAACUAAAUCCACUGUUUACUUACGCCAUCUCCUCCGUGUUUAUUCUUUACGCAUCUCCGUCUUGGUUUCACUUCCAAAUCCCUAAUCUAUCUAUUCAUACACAGGGCAAAUGUGUUUUCGAUGGAGACGAGUGCUUCCCAGAGCACUUAAGCCAUGUUUUUCACUGAGAAACAUAUAGCUUCCUGAAUCACUUCUAUCUUCCUUGAUCCGUUUCUUUUUUUUGUGUGUGCUCCCCCUCAACAGUUGUGAGACCCGAGAGGGCGUGAUAACUGAUAAGUGUCUUGGUUAAAGAUCAGUUGGUAGGGAUUGGCUAAAGAAAUCUCCCAAUUCUUACUUACAUUGAUGCUAUUGAUACUGAGACCAACAAGUCAGUUGGGUAAGUGUCCCAGGGAAAAUGCUAAUGACAAAUAUUGUUAAGAUGGGUAAACUGCAAAAUAAGGCUCCACAUGUUCCAAGUAGUGAAUCAUCGCAACCGGUCAGUGCCAGACACAACUUUGCUCCGAGGCCGCCAUCUGGAGCUCAACAUGAUGACUGGCCUUUGAUUCAGCAGCCAUCAGCUACUGAAGUAAAACAACAGUCACAGUUAGAUGAGGUUCCGGAAGCAAUAGAAAGUGGCAUUAAUGGUGACAGUCCCGUGGUGCCCGGGUUUCUUCAUGAUAGGAAAUUGCUGGAGGAUACUUCUGGAGGUGCAGACAGUGACCAUGGUAGAUACCAGCAUCCACUUUAUCAUGGUGUUGAUGAAAGCGAAAGUGAGUUUAUGUGUGCUAAUUUCUUUAGAGGUUUAUAAUUAAACACCAAGAAAAAAUGGCAAACCCAACAUUUGUGCUUGUAAGAUAAGACAGAUAACGAGGGAACUUGCUAAGCUCCGAAUUUUGAUUAUGGGCCCGGGUGGCAGGACAAAUC